UCGAAGUGACCUGCCGUCAUUACGAAGCGCCGGAAGGAGCCUCGUUGCAGUUUCCGAGAGGCCGCGACUUGGUUUGCCGCGGCGCCUAAGGGACUGACGAUGGAUACCCAGAAGGAUGUGCAGCCGCCCAAACAGCAGCCAAUGAUAUAUAUCUGUGGAGAAUGUCACACAGAAAAUGAAAUAAAAUCCAGGGAUCCAAUCAGAUGUAGGGAAUGUGGAUAUAGAAUCAUGUACAAGAAAAGAACAAAAAGAUUGGUGGUCUUUGAUGCCCGAUGAAAUCCUAAUUUCAUCUACUUCAGAGUAAAAGCUUCAUCUACUUCUGGAUUUUCCACACCCAUUUCAAAUUGUAUAGCUUUCAGGUUAUAUGCUAUAAUACUCUUCCAUUGUAUAGAUAUAAAUUAUUUUUAAAAUAAAAUUUUCAAAUGUAGUA